AUGGGAUCCGUGCAGGAGAAGCCUUUUACAAUCGCCAUCGUGGGCGCCGGGCUCGGGGGCCUGAGCCUUGCGAGAGGUCUGCUGAGACGGGGUAUCAAGUGCCAAGUAUACGAAGCAGCUCCGGCGUUUGCAGAGAUAGGCGCUGGCCUGAGCUUCGCUGUAAACUCCUUGAACGCAUUGAAAGCAGUAGAUCCAGCUUGCCACGAGAUGUUCGUCAAGAGAUGCAACGAAAUGUCAGAAAAGAAAGACGUCUACAUGACCUACAGAGAUGGACAGGCGGACAACGCGGAUCCUAUCACCACUCUGUAUUGUAAGGGCUCAGGUCAGCAAGCUGUGCAUAGGACAUUACUAGUCAAGGACAUGGUUACACUUAUGCCGGAGGGCACUUUCCACAUGAACAAGAGACUGCAGGACCUGGUUAAGGAACAAUCAGGCGGAUAUACUUUGGUAUUCCAAGACGGCACCAAAGUCGAGGCCGACGCUGUUGUUGGUGCAGAUGGGAUCAAGUCCAAAACUCGGCAGAUCCUUUUAGGCGAAGACAACCCUGACGCUUACCCAAAGUACUCGGGAGAGUUCGGGUAUCGAAGCCUCAUACCUAUGGACGAGGCGUGCGAGGUCCUGGGAGACGACUUCGCCAAGAACGGGAAUGUCAAUGUGGCUCCUGGCGGAUUGACCACAACCUACCCGGUGGAGAAAGGGAAGAUGCUGAACAUUGUCGCGGCACGCGAUCAGCCAACGUGGGAUAGCCCCGACUGGGUUGUCCCAGCAGAUGAAGAUACGGUCAAGGAAGAGUUCAAGGACUGCGGACCGAAGAUGCAGCAAGUUGUGUCGUUGCUCAAGAAACCCCAAAAGUGGUCCCUCUGGCACCACCCCACAGCAUCGACGUUUUACAGCGGCCGUCUUGCCAUCAUCGGAGAUGCGGCGCACGCCUCUACGCCUCAUCAAGGAGCUGGAUGCGGCCAGGCCUUCGAGGAUGCCCUCGUCAUGUGCAUGUUGUUGGCCCAUAGCAGCGUGGAGACUGCAGACGACAUCGAGCGCGCUUUUGCUGCGUAUGACGCCAUCCGCCGACCAAGGACACUGCGCGUAGUGGAAACCAGCAGGGAGAACGGUGAAGUGUGCAUGAUGAAGGGCGCAGACACCGGGGAAGACUUGGAGAAGAUCAAGACCAAUCUUGACGAGAGGUUCGAAUGGAUCUGGUAUGAGAAUCUGGAGAAGCAGGUCGAUAAAGCGGUGCAAAAGCUGAAGCAGCUCAAUGAGGGUACCUCUGAUGCAGCGCUUCCGGUCUUGCCUCAGAUGGUGGAGGCAUCGUAG